UGAUUGUUUUCAAUAUGUCUGCCACGGUGGUUUGAGAGAUGAAUAUUCGAUUUGAAAAUGGAUUGAUAUACAGAAUAGUGUAGACAUUAUAUGUGGAAGAACAAAAAUAUAUAGAGUCAUGCUGUAAAUUUGUGUUUUAUUGAAAACAAGGCAAAAAUCGUGUAAAUUAAAAUUAAUAUGGCAGCUAUGCAGACACAAACACAGCCAGUUCCAGUUACUGGACUGCCAAGUAGAGAUGGAAUCAGCGAAACGAAGAAAAUUCCACUUGUUGGGCAUAUCAUCACAGAUGAUGAUCUGGGAAUACUGCAGGGAACUGUGUUAAAGCCUGUGAACUUGAACAGAGUUAUCAAGCUUCUGACAGAUCAGCAUUCUGCUAUGCUAUAUGACAGACAUUGUAAUGUCCUAAAGAAAUUGGUCAGACGCUAUGAAAAGGGAUUUUUAAUGAAGGAGCUGGUACAGGUGUUCAAGCUGCUGAACAUCUGUGCUGACCGCGUGGAGGAGCAGCCAUUGUAUGAACAACCAAUCAUCGAGCUGCUCAUGAUCUGCAGCUUACCGUUCCUCAAAGAAAAGUCGUCCGAUGAGAUGGUGUACGAGCAGAUUGUUGUCGAGUCUGUCUCACAGCUAGGUUAUCUUAUGAGAGUACCGAGCAGUGAUGUCCGAAAACAGAUUUGUAAAACACUUUACUGUUUUUACACUGAAGCACCACAGAAUCAAAUUGUGCAGAAACACAAGGCAAUGACAGUGGCUUAUAAUCAGAUGAUUGUAGAAAACAGUGACAUUUCGGAAACUCUAGUUAAGUCAUUGGCCUUGUUGGACAGUGAUCUGGAUGUGAAGCAGGAGGUUCUCAAAGUGUUGCAAAGAUUUUCUAAAAACUCACCAAAAAAUUGUGAUCAGAUGUUGCGAGCAGAUGGAGCAAAGCAUAUCUGUUACCGUUUCAUGGACCCGGAUCCGAGUGGGGAGGUUCUCUUUAGGUCGGUGGAUAUCAUCUGGAACUUGAUGGAGCACGGAGACACGGCUCAGAUAGCUCAACAACUCAACAACUUGACAUGCAUCAGUCAAAUUCGAGAUGCUUUCCUGUUUGAACUUGGACAGGGAUUUAGUCAUUAUGAUCGUCAGCUGCGAAAUGACCUUCUCGUCAUAGCAACACUGAUAGCAGCAAAAUGUCCGGGAACACCAUUCAUCGAGACAGGUUUUAGCAAACAGCUGGUCGUGUUUGCUACUUUCCAAGAAGUGAAGAGUCACAAUGUUUUGGUGAAACACUUGAAGCUGUCUACAAACCACGAAGAUUUUGAGAUGAAGAAACUUCUAUUCAGUCUGCUUGUGGCUCUCAGCAACGACAGUUCUGUCAUUCCGAUUCUGUCGGAAGGUCACUUGCUGCUAGCUCUGUUCUCGUACGUGAGAGCGAACGAUGAGACCCCGGGCGUGCGAGAGUGGACUCAUGCUCAGUUCGAGGAGAUCCAGCUACACGCCAUGUCAUGUCUGUGCACACUCUGUCCCCUCAUGAUGGAGGACUACAUGACCUGUCAGGGCAGCACGCGCCUCCUGCUCUUACUAGAGUGGUGUGUCGGGCCAGAUGACUUCAAGGGGCAUGGUAACAGCUUUCACGGAAGUGGUGGCCGGGGCAGCAAGAAAGCUCAGAUGAGACACUGUUUGCGACUGAUGCGACGUAUCGUAUCCACCGAUGACAGUGUUGCUCUACAAGAUCUGGCUGACCAGGGGGCGAUUAACCAACUCAUUGGAAUUCUGACUACAGCAUUUGGAGAGAAGAGAAUGGAUGAUGGUGUGGACAUUGAAAUGCAGUCUGACAUUCUCUUUAUUCUGUCAUCUCUUUGUGAUGGAGACAUGCACCGCAAGGAGUUGUUUGGCAAUCAGGGUGUAGAUAUUGUUGUACAGUACCUGCAGAUGGACACUAAGCUACUUAACAGUGGACUUGGGCAUCAUCGCUUGUUGCUGGCCGCCAUUGACUGUGCAUGGUGUGCUAUUGUUGGAUGUUACAUGACUGAGGAUUACUUCUUGGAAAGGGAAGGUGUAUUUCUUCUUAUAGAUCUUCUGGAGGUGUGUCCGAAAAACAUGCACAACCUGAUAGUGGGCUGUCUGCUCGACCUGUGUGAGAACACGAAGACCGUGAAUCACGUGCUCACAUGGCAAGGGAAAGACAACUCCACAGCCGCUCACCUGUUCUGUGAAAUCUGGAGAAACGAGGAGAGGGAGAUAGGAGCCAGACGAGAUGAACUAGGCUCUAUAAUCGAUGCCCGACAUCCACUGAUGGGAAGAAUGCAAGAAGAAUUAGGAGUUAUUUCCCUUCCUGCCAAGUAUAAAAGUCAGGCCAUUGUCGAUGUCCUCGAGAACAUGAGAGCUAAAAUAUAUUCCAUUUUCUGUAAAAUUGGCUUUGCCGAAUUACCUGGGCUCGAUGUUGCAGAUCACGUUACUCUGACAAUGAUUGAGAAGUAUCUAGACUUUAAGAUAGGAGAGGUGUGGACAGAAACCAUCAACGAGCUAGAAAUGGAACACAUCCGUCCAGUGUCACCUGACCUUGAGGCUCUGGAAGCAAUUUCACGUGCCGUAGAGGAGCGCGCUCAGAUUGUUGGCGGUACUCAGAUUGAGCUACUCGAAGCUCAGAGGAAUCAAGACAUUUUGGAUGAACAGGAAUUCUAUGCCGAGAUUCGUGAAAAUCACAGACAGAAGGAAAAAGCUUUAAUUGACUUUACUGACUUUGUAACAAGAACAUCCAACUUCAUAAUUCUUAAGGCUGCCAAAAACAGACAGGAAAUCGCAAUUGAUGCUUCCCGAAUCCAGACCAAAUACAGAGACAAGCAAAACUUCCACAAUACAGAUAUUCCAGGACUUCACACAACAGUGUUCAGUGGUAAAAAUGUUGAUAUAGACAGUACGCCUCACAAGCUCAUCACACAGUUGCUGGACGGUACUAAUGUGGAACAGGUUCAAAGGAAGUGCAUCAUUCCAAAACACCUUACCAUGUAGAUAUGAGUGCCAAACUUUUGAUGCCUAAUAUCUUUGAAGAGUGGCCUUGACAUUGGUUGAUCUGGAAUCAAGAAUAGAUAGAUGAUUUGAAUGUGGCACAUAUAUGACCUGUCAACCUACAGUAUACAUUUGUGUUUUCAGUAGCCAUUCCAAUGAUUCCAUUUUGUAGGGUCUUCAUAGGCAGGCUUCUUUUAAAAAAAAAAUCUAACCAUGAUGGCUGAAAAAAAGAGAAAUAAUUUCAGUGCGAUUUGCUGCCAAGUUACAGCAAAACAAAAACAAAAACUUUCUUAAGCUUGGUUUAACUUUUGACUUACAAAAGACCGAACAAUUUAGGUAAAAGUUGAGCAUGUUGCAGAUCAUCAUACUCGUUUGUCAAGUGUAUAUUUGUACUAUUAUAUACAAUUUAAAUUUUAGAAGAAUAGUUCUUCAUGUAAAUGUUGCAACUGAAUGUGAAUUGCCAAAAAUGAAUGGUUUACUGUGUAAAAUUAAUGUUCUGUAAAUAUGGAUACCUUCUUGCUUGUGUAACAAAGAACAAUACAAUUUAAGUUACAGUAUGCUGGACGUUACAAAAUUAUCCCAUUUGUUUCUGAACAUACAGAGAACUACAUCAAGGUUGUGAGCUGUAGGAAAAUAUUCAGCUAAUUACAAAAUUAAAAUGUGGAAUUCCAGGGUAAUUUCAAUUCCAACAAAACUUUAUGUAGUACCUUUGAGCAUUUUAAUACCAGAAUUAAAUACUAAAAAAAUAAAAGUAAAAACAAUCUGAAUUCAGAUUCGAAAUAAGUAUUUUGUAUUUCGUGUGGGCUGUGAGAAAAGUAAAAUAUAUAAAAUAUGUCAAUUGUAAGUCAUCCAUUUACCUGUUAAAAAACGUACAUAUUCAAGUGAUACAUGCACAUGGUUCUUUUGAAAUGGUCUCUGGUCUACAGGUUUCCAUUGUUUGUCUCCCUAUUGUAUUGACAACCAAAGGUGUUAGUGUAUACUUGUGAUUCCUUGUAUAUCUGUAAAUAAACUUACUAUAUACUA